ACUGUGUAAUGUGUUUGGCGUCGUGUUUUUGAUUUUUCCUAUAAAAACUAUUCUAUGGUCGUGUUUGUGUUCCUAUCAAAAUUAUAGAAAAGAAAGAGAGUUGUAAUUAGGUAUUUUAUUGAUUUAAUGAGAAACUCUACUUGUUAUGUUGAUGUAAAAGUUUUCGUCAAAUCAUAAGAUGUCCUCAGAAACUGCCCAAGUUAGUUCAUUGCCGCUGCCACCUGUGCAGUAUAUAAAUUUUUACACUGAUGAAAAUGUACGAAGAAACAGAGCGCCACUGCCACCACGUCCAAUUCAUGAUUCUUAUUCUAUGUUUGGACACACAUUCAACGCUGAUGACACAAUCAUAAGAUCAUUAGAAAGCCAAGGAUUUCGACGCCUGUAUCCUAUGCACUUUGAUAGAAGAAGAGAAUUGAAAAAGCUGAACCAUUCACUUCUAGUAAAUUUCUUGGAUUUAUUAGACUUAUUAGUUCACUGCCCAGACUCUCCCAAAAGAGCAGAAAAAGUUGAAGAUUUAAGUUUACUAUUUAUUCACAUUCAUCAUCUUCUAAACGAAUUUAGACCACACCAAGCCAGGGAAACGUUGAGAGUUAUGAUGGAAUUACAAAAACGGCAAAGAAUUGAAACUGCAAUGAGAUUCCAGAAACAUUUAGAUAAAGUUCAGGAUAUACUUCAGAAUGCUCUUCAAAGCUUGCCAGACCAAAACGACUUGGAAACAAAUUUCAAAGUGCCUGCAGAAAUUCUAGAACAGAUGGACUGUGGUCCAAAUGACAAUCAAAAUCAAGAUCCAUGCUAUGACUUAGACCGAAUUAUGUGUAAUGUAGUUGACAAUAUGAGAUAAGACUAGCAUUUUUGUAAUCAUUAAAAAGAAAAAAUUAAUAAAAUAUGUAUGUACUUGUUUUGUGAAAUAACAAUACUAUGUUCCUUAAAAGAUAAGGUAGUUUUAAAAAGAGGAAAAGAAAUAAAACAUUUUUCAUAAAUCAAGAUUAUUUAUUGUGAAGAUAUUCCAACUCUUAUGAUGUCUGCUAAAACUCUGAA